GCGGAACCCUCUCCCGGUUUGGCCAGCUGUACAGAAAGGAACAGAGACAGGCGGAGAAUAGAUUAGUCAAGGGCAGGCGUUGGACGGGCAUGGUUAGCUGCCUGUGCUGCUGUGACCAUGCAAUCACUGUUCAGAGGAAAUAAAAGGGAAUAUCCAGAGCCAGUCAAAGCAGAAAUUCAAGGCCAAAUUCCACAAUGGCUGCAGGGGACACUCAUUCGAAAUGGACCAGGCAUGCACAAAAUUGGCGAUACUGUCUAUAAUCAUUGGUUUGAUGGGUUGUCUUUGUUGCAUAGUUUCACUUUUGAAAAUGGUGAGGUGUUCUACAGAAGUAAGUAUCUUCGCAGUGACACUUACAAGUCUAACAUAGAAGCUAAUAGGAUUGUGGUGUCAGAAUUUGGCACAAUGGCUUACCCAGAUCCGUGCAAGAACAUUUUUUCCAAAGCAGUUUCCUAUCUCUCACACGCUAUUCCUGAUUUCACUGAUAACUGUUUGAUCAAUAUAAUUAAAUAUGGUGAGGAUUUCUUUGCUUCAUCAGAGGUCAACUACAUCAGAAGGAUAGAUCCUAGAACUCUUGAAACAUUGGAGAAGGUUGACUAUACAAAAUACGUUUCUCUGAACUUGGCAACAUCGCAUCCACAUUAUGAUGGAGAAGGAAACACUUACAAUAUGGGCACCUCCAUCGCUGAGAAGGGCAAAACAAAAUACCUGUUUGUGAAGAUACCAAAUACAAAGCCAGAUGAGAAGAAGAAGAAUACGUGCUUUAAAAAUUGUGAAGUAUUGUGUUCCAUUCCUUGUCGCUCGCUGUUAAGUCCAAGUUACUACCACAGUUUUGGUAUGACGCCAAACUACGUUGUCUUCAUUGAACAGCCAUUUAAACUGGAUAUUCUUAAAAUGGCGACAGCCUACUUCAGAGGAGUGAACUGGGCCAGCUGUCUGGGCUGGUUCCCAGAUGAUAAGACUUACAUUCAUAUCAUAGACAGAAAAACAAAGAAGCCUUUACCAGUAAAGUUCUACACAGAUGCACUCGUUGUUUACCAUCAUGUCAAUGCUUAUGAGGAAGACAAUCAUGUGGUCUUUGAUAUUAUUGCAUAUGAUGACAAUAGUUUGUACGAAAUGUUUUAUUUAAAAAACAUGACUUUGCCAAAUCAUGAAUUCGAAAUGAAAGGCAAAACCUUCAGUCAACCAUCUUGCAGAAGGUUUAUAAUUCCUGUGGAUCAUGACAAGACGACAGAGUUGAGCAGAAAUAUGUGCACACUUGGGAACACAACAGCAUGUGCACUGAAGGAAAAAGAUGGAUCCGUUUACUGCAAGCCUGAAGUAUUAUUUGAGGGAAUAGAACUACCUCGAAUAAAUUAUGAUUACAAUGGCAGCAAGUACAGAUAUAUUUACGCAUCCAAGGUUGAGUGGCGACCAAUUCCAACAAAGAUACUUAAAUGUGAUAUUCAGAGCAGAAGCUGCCUUGAGUGGGGUGAAGAACAUUGCUGGCCAGCAGAACCAGUGUUUGUCAAACUUCCUGACAGCAAAGAUGAGGACGACGGUGUUGUACUUACUUCCGUCAUUUCUACUGAUGCCAAGAAAUCUUCAUUUUUACUUAUACUUGAUGCAAAGACGUUCAAAGAACUUGGUCGUGCUUCAGUUAGUGUUGAUGUGCAUUUUGAUCUGCAUGGUAUCUUCAUCCCUGAAGAGGAGCUACAAGCAAAAAAACAACCUACAGACUCUGGAGGAGAGUAGUAGCUGAUUACAACUGUUUCUUUCAAGUAAAGCUGCUAAUGAGGCAGAAUUUAAAAGCAAGAAACCUCUGGCCCAUAUAACUACCAUUUCUGUGGGUUUCUAGCAUUAGAACUCAAUGCAGAUUGGAACCUGCAAAGUGCAACAAUCAUGAGAAUUAUCUGAUAGAAUUUCUUAAUCAAGGAUGGGCUCAGUGAUCAAAGUACAACCAGUUGAGUUAGAUUAAUGAUCAGAAAUGACCUUGUAUCAUCAUAGAAUUGUGGAAUAGAUUUGAGGUUAAUUGGUAGGUUAAAAAUGGGACUGGAUUGAUGUUUGGAGGACAAAGAUUAGAGUUUUAAUGAUAUUAAAGCACUGUGAACAAUUAUUGAUAAGGAUUUUAGUAGAAGAUCAACAGCUCCCAGAGAAUCUUAGACUUUUAUGGUACAAAAGAAGGCCAUUCAACCCAUUAUUUCUGUACUGGCUUUUUAAAGUGCUACCAAGUUGGUCCCAUUCUCUAGUCCUAACUCCUCUAAAUUUAUCACUUUCAAAUAUAUGUCCAGCUCUCUUUUGAAACCUCCUAUGAAAUCUGCUCCCACCACUCUCCCAGACAGUGCAUUACAAAUCUGAACAACUUUCCGAAUAAAGAAGUUUCUCCUCAUUCACUCCUAGCUCUCUGGCUGACAACAUUGAAAUUGCGGCCUCUUGUUACUGGUGUACCAACUAGCAGAAACAGAAUAUCCUUCUUUACCCCUGUUUGAAUUGUUCAUAAUUUGACCUCCUCAGUAAGGUCACCUCUUAACAUUCUCUGCUCCCAGGAGAAUAAGGCCGUUUUCUCUAAUCUUUCUUGUAUGUAAAAUCCCUCAUUUCUGGUAUCAUUCCAGUAAAUCUCUUUUGAACUCUCUCCAGGGCUAUAACUUUCUUCCUUUAAAUAAGAUGCCCAGAACUGAACACAAUACACCAAAUGUGGUCUGACCGGCGGCACGGUGGCACAGUGGUUAGCACUGCUGCCUCAAAGCGCCUGAGACCCGGGUUCAAUUCCCGACUCAGUCGACUGACUGUGUGGAAGUUUGCACGUUCUCCCCGUGUCUGCGUGGGUUUCCUCCGGGUGCUCCGGUUUCCUCCCACAGUCCAAAGAUGUGCGGGUCAGGUGAAUUGGCCAUGCUAAAUUGCCCGUAGUGUUAGGUAGGGGUAAGUGUGGGGGUAUGGGUGGGUUGCGCUUCGGCGGGUCGGUGUGGACUUGUUGGGCCGAAGGGCCUGUUUCCACACUGUAAGUCUAAUCUAAUAUUAUGACCAAUAAUUUGUAGAGAUAUAGCAUCACUUCCUCGCUUUUAUACUCUGUGUCUCUAUUUAUAAACUCAGGGAUCCUGUAAGAUUUCUUAAAAUCUUAAUCAACUUGCCUGGCCACAUUCAGAGAAUCAUGCAGAUGAACCCUAAGGAGCCUCCGCUCCUAUACUCCCCUCCAAAUUGCUUCAUCAAGCCUGCAUUAUCUCUCUCUGUUUCUUGUAUUACCUCACAAUUCUCCACACUGAAAUUCAUCUGCCAGGUAUCUGCCCAUUUAGCUAACUUGUCAAUGUCCAACUGAAGUCGCUCAGUGUCAUCCUCACAAUUCUUAAUUCUCCCUAGCUUAGUAUCAUCUGCAAAUUGAGAUUUUGCCCUCAAUACUCCUCUCCAAAUAAGUAUAUAUAAGUCAGAAAAAGCAUGGCUCCUAACAAUGAUCCUUGGGGAUCACUACUUUCAAUGUGGCUUCAAUCUGAAGAACUCCCAUCUAUACCUAUCCUCUUUUUCUUUUGUCUUUUUAUUUAGCCAUCAUCAGCCAUGUGGCCAAGCAUUCAUCAAUCCCAAAUAUUUCGAAGUUGCUAACCAACCUUAUCUUUUUUUAUAUAUAGAAUUCCGACAGUGGAAAUAGACCAUUUGGUCCAACAAGUCCACACCACUCCUCUGAAGAGCAUCCCACCCACACCCACCUUCUCUAUCCUCUCCCUGUAAGCUUGCAUUUCCCAUGGCUAAUUCAUCUAGCCUGCACAUCCCCCGAUACACACUACGGUAAAUUUAGCAUGGCCUAACACCCACAUCUUUGGAUUGUGGGAAGAAUUCCGACCACCCUGAGGAAACCCAAACUGACAUGGGUAGAACAUGCAAACAUCGUGCAGACAGUUGCCCGAUGAUGGAAUCGAACCUGGGUCCCUGGCACUGCAAGGCAGCAGUGCUAACCACUGAGCCAACGUGCUGCCCCCAAAUAUCAGGUGGCACUGUUUCAAAUGAUUUCUGAAUGUCCAAAUGUACAACAUCUCCAGUAUUAUGCACAUAUCCACUGCUUGGGUCACCUCAUGCAAGAAUUGAAAUAGAAAGGAUACCGAUAAAACAAUGUGUCUGAAUGCACUUUCAGGAAGCAGUCAGUUGGAAUUGAGACUGCAACAGUAUGAGAAGUUUAAAGAAAGCUGCAAAGUAAAGAGUAUAAAAAGAGAAAUUAGCACGACAGGAAACAAUAGAAUAAAGUUUUGAUAGAGGCAAGAAAUAAACUGGAAAGGAUAAUGGAAAGUGGAUCAUAAAGGAAUUGGGGAGAGGAAGUAGAAUAGUUAUAAACUCAGUGUCACUUUUCUCUACCACUUGAAUGUAGUUUGAGCUCCAGAACAAUUGACUAAGGUCUUACCAGUACACUGGACCUGCUUAGUGCAGUGUCAAAACUAAUACGAAAGGUUCUGAAAACAUCUGUGGUGAUGGCAUUUCUGUGAUUAGAAUGAUCGAACAAAGAACAAAGAAAAUUAACAGCCCAGGAACAGGCCCUUCGGCCCUCCAAGCCUGAGCCGAUCCAAAUCUACUGUCUAAACCUGUUGCCCAAUUCUUAAGGAUCUGUAUCCUUCUGCUCCCCGCCUACACCUACUCCAGACCCAUCUUAAAUGAAUCUACCGUGCCUGCCUCUACUACUUCUGCUGGCAAUACGUUCCAGACACCCAUCACCUGUGUAAAGUACUUGCCACGUGUAUCCCCCUUGAACUUUUCACCUUGAAAGGGUGACCUCUCGUUAUUGAAUCCUUCACUCUGGGAAAAUGCUUCUUCUCUAUACCCUUCAUGAUUUUGUAGAUCUCAAUCAGGUCCCCACUCAAUCUCCUUUUUUCAAAUGAAACAAACCUAUGCUAAAUUGCCCGUAGUGUUAGGUAAGGGGUAUAUGUAGGGGUAUGGGUGGGUUGUCAUUCGGCGGGUCGUUGUGGACUUGUUGGGCCGAAGGGCCUGUUUCCACUACUGUAAGUAAUCUAAUCUAAUCUAACCACCUCAACCUUUCUUCAUAGCUAGCACUUUCCAUACCAAGCAACAUGCUCGUAAACUCGAAGUCUGUGUGACUCAAAGUCAUACCUCAUGACAUGUACCCAACUCUCUGAAUCAAGUGAAAUGCAAUAAUAACCAGGAACAUAAAUGUAUUGAAAGUAUUGAUAUAGAAGUGGAACUAUCUGGGUUAAAGUCAGAGCUGCAAUUACACUAUGGCACAGUGAAGUGCGAACAAUGGAUGAUAUUUUAUUAAACUGCAGGUAAUGUGGAGGGAUCUGCAACUUCAAUCUGAUAGGGCAUGUUCACAUGCAAUGUGAAUUGAGGAAUGCCUAAAACAAAUCUAAUCUCCUGGUGAUGUCAUGAUGCUGCCUCAGCCAAAUGAUUUUAGCUAUAUCUGUUUUUAUUUUAUGACUUUGUUCAGAUAGUGUGAUUUGUAUGGAUUAACAAUAGACUAUUGUAUAACAAUCAUCUAAAAUAUAUAAAGUGUGCAAGUAACCGAAAUUAAAAGAAAACUCAUUUACUGUACAGAAAACUUUGAGGUUUUAACAAAUUAUGAGGCAAAUGAGAAAUAAAGCGCAGAAUCUUUUACUAGAAGUUCUUGUAUUGUGCUUGGUCCAAUGUUAUGGCUAUUUAUCUGCAAAUUCCUGCUGCUCGAGAAUUGUGUGCUGCCUCCCCACCAGCCACACGGCUUUCGGCAGUGGAGAACCAGGUUCUGUUUAUUGGACCCUCGAAAGAGUAAGGAUAACAGGUGCAGCAGCAAUUAGUUAAUGUCAAAGAUAACCUCUACCCCUUUGUCCAACAGUCACUGGCUCAAGCCCAAAUCAACUAUACAAUAAAACUUCAAGAACUUCAUAGUUUGGAGCAACACAAGUAAAUUUCUAUCAUCAGUCAGAAUUAACGAGCACUAACUGUUAUAAUCAAACUAACAAAGUACAAUUAUUAUUCAUCAUUUUGUGUAAUCCAUAUAUAUUGAUAAAGAAUUGUAA